AUGGCUCCGACUGGCGAGGCGCGCAGGCUUGGAGGUGGUUGGGGGAAGGCUGGAAGGCUGAAGCAGCGGAUUCGUGACGCGGCGUCGCCGCACGGGUUGCAAAAUUCGUCGGCUUCUGGGGAAGGCGUAUCUGUGGAGGUGGAUGGAUGGAUGGACAUGCGCGAGGCGGCGAGGCUGUGGCAGCAGCGCGUGGGGUGCGCGGAGUUCAGGCGCAAGCAUGCGCGCGCCGACGCUCAUGGCCAUGGCGCACAGACGAAGCGAGGACCAGCAGCGUUCCCCCCCAAUCCCAGCCUUCAGGACGUGAACUCGCCUGCAUGUGCGUCGCUCAACCUCUCCCACGUGGUGGUACAUGUGAAGCAGCCUGAUUGGCUGGAGCCCACGGGGCUGGAUGGCUUCCACGUGUGCACCAGAUGCAGCAUCACGUGCCAGCUCGCCUGGAACCCCUCUCAGCUGCCAGUCACCCCCCACGCGCAUCUCUUCGUGCAUUCCCCCGACGCCAUGCCCCUCACGCGCCCACCCGCCGCGCCCCUGCGCGUGCUGCUGCAGCUGGAGGCGGACGGGGUGCUGGCGGCCGCGCAGGGGGAGGGGCGAGUGGACGUGGGCGUGGGGUAUGGGGCGGGAAGCACGGUGCAGGUGACGUAUGUGGACGUGGAGCGCACCCUCAGGGCCGGCCGGCAGCACCUGCUGGCCGACAGGAAGCGCCAAGUGUGUGAGUGGGCGCACGCACAUGUAUGUUCCUGCAGGCUCGGCGCCUUGUGGUGUGAGCGGGGUGGUGCAUGGUGUGAGCAGGGUGGUGCAUGGUGUGUGGUGCAUGGUGUGUGGUGCAUGGUGUGUGGUGCAUGGUGUGUGGUGGAUGGUGUGUGGUGGAUGGAUGUGCUGGUGCACCACGCCUCCUCCAACUGCGACAUGCCGUGGCGCUCGCUGCUGCUCCAGUCACUGCUGCCGCUGCUACCCCACCACAGCUUUGGCGCCUGCAGCAACAACAUGGGCGGCAGCAACCGUGAAGCAGUGCUGUACCCUGCAUGCUCGCAUUCGUACGUGGGAGAGCAGCGGCAGGAGGUGGCACACUGUGUAAAGUCGCACUACAAGUUUGACCUCGCAGUCGAGAACACCAUCGCCCCCGACUAUGUCACUGAGAAGUUCUACAGCGCACUCGAAGCAGGCACAGUACCAGUGUACUUUGGAGCACCAGACAUUGCCAGCUUUGCGCCGCCCGAGUCGUUCAUUGAUGGGCGGCAGUUUGCCUCCCACCAGGCCCUGGUGGAUCACAUCGAUCGCCUCCACAAUGACCCAGUUGCAUAUAUGCAUUACCAUGCUUGGCGCUUGUGUGGCAUCUGGGGGAACUAUUCGCAUGCACGUGCACUUGGUUUCUCAUCACUCCCGUGUAGACUAUGCGAUUACGAAAAACGUGCGAUCCGCGCCAUGCCGAUGGGCGACAGCGGAGGACUCGCUGCGCCGAUGGCGCUAACUCGCGCGCUGCCGACGUGGGUGGUGGAGGUGUCGCGGCACCGCGAGCCGAGCAGAGACGCGGUGAUGGCGGCCGUCGAGCACGUCGCCGCUGAGCCCGCCAGCAUUCUGCUCGUCCACGUCAUCACAGAGGGUUCGAAUCGCGCACCUCACGUGGUCCCUUGUCAUGCCUACUCCCGUCAAUUGCCCGUCUGUAGCCAACCCGUUUCGCCACGACCUCCAUUGUUCACACCGUCGUCGUCAUGGUUUUUGCCCAACCCUCCUCACAAUUUCCUCCACUCCCCCGUCUGUCUCCCCAUUCUCCCCACCCUCUCUCCGCACAUCUCUGUCCGCGCGUCGGCGCGUGCAGGCAACCGGACGGUGGCGGCGAGCGAGGCGGACGGCAAGGCGGCGACGGAGCACGCCAAGAAGCUCGUCGACGUGCUUCUCGAGCCGCUCCUCGCGCUCGUCCGCGCCGCCAAUGCGCCGUGUUCCGCGGUGCUGGAGCUCAACGACUCGCGCCACGACGGCCUGGUCGCCGCCGCCAGGCGCGCAGCCGCGGAUCGCGUUUACAUGGGCGCGAAGAAGAAGCUGCUGGGGUGGUCGUCGUCGGCGACCGUCGCGCAGUGCCAGGCGAGCCUGCCGCCCGCAUGCCGCCUCUUCAUCGCGCAGGGCGGCUCGCGACUGCAGCGCCUACAAGCCGCGGGAAAGGCCCACUCCGCCCACCCCAUCCCCCCACCGUUUUACACCCCCCCCUCCGCCUCCGCGCCUUCCUCCGCCGUCCCUCCCGCUUCCCCACCCGCCGCGGCCGUGCAACAGCCGCCGCGCGGCAUUCCCCCGUCGCUCUCCUCCACGUCGCUCCCCCCGCAAGCCCAAGACGCUGCCCUCGCCUCUCCCUCCUCGAUCUCCUCCGCCUCCGCGCGCUUUCCCCCCUCCGCGCAGGGCCAAGUGGAAUCCGCGCAGCAGCAGGUGGGGGCGGCCAGAGAGGCGCCGGGGAACGCGGAAGAGAGCAGGCGAGGGGACGGGUGGAGGGCGCACGCGCGCGAGCACAGGUCAGCGUCGUGCGGGGGCGGGGAGGACGCGGACUCGGGGAUGUUGGCGCAGCAGCUGCAGGAGCUGAGCGCGCAGGCGCAGGGCGGAGAAGGGGCGAGCCGGGCGGAGCUGGAGCGGCAGCUGCAGCAGGUGGUGGCGCUGCAGCAGCGCAUUCAGCAGCAGCUCCGCGGCAGCCCUCUCCCCGCGCCCCACGCCGCUAGCACCGGCUCCGCGCCCAGCGCGUCCCCCACCAGCCAGGGUUCCGCGCAUGGCACACCAGGAAUGGGCAUGGGCAUGGGCGCGGGCAUGGGCGCGGCCAUGGGCAUGGGCAUGCGCGCGGGGCUGAGUCUGUCGCAGGACUGCGACUACCCCGUGUCGCCAGGGUCGCUGUCGCAAGGCCACGCCACGUCGCCCCUCGGCCCCGCGUUCAAGCCCCCCCGCUCCCCUUCUGGGGGAGCGCGCGCAACCGUUGCGUUCAGCGGGGGCAUGGCGGGCACUGCGCCAUUCGCCGUGUCCCCCAAGCAGGCGUCCGCCGCGUCGCAGCAGCGCCACUUCCCGCGCAUACUCUCCGCGCCCAACCCUUCCGCCGCCGCCGCUGCCGUGGCGGGUGCUGCAGCGGCGCAAGGGGACGCGGGGACGGCCCCCAGCAGCACGAGCAGCUCCCCCGCCACCAACCGCGGGGCGGGCAGCAGCGCUGGCAGUGACGCCGAGGCUGCCGCUUGGGCAGCUGGGCGCAACGGGACGCCCAGCGCCCGCACGCCCGACAGCACGCCAGCGCUGCCGUCCUCACUGGCGCUGGUGCAUUCUGGUGGUCUGCCUCAGAGUGGGGGGUUCCAGUCGGGCAGUCUGCCCCAGUCAGGCAGCAUCCCGGGGUCGGGGGGCCUCAUGGCGGGCAGCAGCAUCGCCAGCACCGACACCUUCCUGCCGCUCGACAGCUUCGAGUCCUCGGAAGCUUCCCAGAACCGCCAGCCCUCGCGCUUCCACCACCUGACGGCAAUGGCGGCGCGGCACGGGCAGUCGCAGGGGCCGCUGCUGGCAGCGGCGUCGCACGGCCCACUGCACGCGCACUCCCACGGCGCCUCCUUUGGCCGCGCCGCCUACAGCAGCGGCCAGCUCGGCACGGGCGGCGGAGGAGCAGGCGGCGACGGGUUUGACUGCCGGCAGUUCACGGCGGCGCAGCUGGCGAGGGCCACCAACAACUACGCGCAGGAGAACCUGCUGGGGCGCGGGUCGUUCGGGCAGGGGCCGGACGAGUUCCGCGUGGAGGUGGAGGUGCUGAGCCGCAUGCGCCACCCCAACAUCGUGCUGCUCAUGGGCUGCUGCACCGAGGAAAUGGCUCUCGUCUACGAGUUCCUCCCGGGCGGCACACUACAGGACAAGCUCGGCCCGCCCAAGGGGUCGGCGGCGGUGCCGUUGAGCUGGGCGGAGCGGCUGCGCAUUGCGGCUGAGGUGGCGUCGGCGCUGCUGUACCUGCACCAGAACGACCCGCCCAUCGUGCACCGCGACUUAAAGCCCGACAACAUCCUGCUGGACGCGCACCUGGCGAGCAAGAUCGGCGAUGUGGGGCUGGCGCGGCUGCUGGAGGCGGACGGUGCGACCACCAUGAAGGUGCGCGGUACGGCGGGGUACAUCGACCCCGAGGAGGUGGAGACGUGUGAGAUCAGCGUGCUCAGCGACGUGUACGCGCUGGGGCUCAUCCUGCUGCAGCUGCUCACCGGCCAGAAGAGUGUCAAGGCCGUGCACCGCAUGCUGACCGAGGCUGCUGCCAAGGGCCGCGCGCGCCCAGGAGACGUGGGGCCGGGCGGCGCGAGCCGGGCGGCGGUGGCGGUGGUGAUGCGGUAUCUGGAUACCGCGGGGGGGGAGUGGCGGGCAGACCUGGUGGAGCAGGUGGUGGGGGUGGCGCUGCGGUGUGCGGAGCGGCGGAGGGCCAAGCGGCCGGAGCUGGUGGGGGAGAUCCACCCGCUGCUGGUGAGGGUGGCGGCGGAGGCGGAGGCGGAGGUGAAGCAGCGCAAGCAGCAGAUGGACGAGCAGUUCCUCUGCCCCAUCUCCAAGGAGGUGAUGCGGGACCCGGUGGUGGCAGCGGACGGGUUCACGUACGAGAGGGAGCACAUGGAGCGGUGGAUGGCGUCGUGCACGCUCUCCCCCGCCACGGGGCAGCCCCUCGCCCACUCCAGCCUCACACCCAACAACGUCCUCAAAAACCUCAUCGCCUCCCACCGCCAGCGCUGA